GAGCCGCGGCGGCGCGGUGUCGGUGCAGCCGGGUGACGAGGAAACGCUGUGGGCAGACCGAAAGGUAUAGAUAUAGUUCACUCCGACGCGGGAAGGACGUCUUGUCCGCCCGGCAGCUGUCUGAACAGACGGCGUUCUAUCCUUUCCCGCGUUCCUCUCGCCUCCCACCUGCUGCAGCUCGCCCUUCCACUCUCUCGCUUGCCCUCUUUGGCGCUGCCCGCCCUCACCCCGCCCCUGCCGACACCCUCUGCUGUAUACAUCCCCUUCGACCUGUGGCCGCCAUGUCCAGCGACGUCGCUGUCGCCACACCUGCGAAGAAGGGCAAGGGGCGCAACUUCUGGCUAUCCUUCACUGCCGUCGUCGUCUGUAACUUCCUAAGCGCCCUCGACCUCGCGGGCGUUUCUACCGCUCUCCCCACCAUCACCGACGAGCUCAAUGGCGGAGACAAGUUCGUCUGGGUCGGCGCAGCGUACGGUCUCGCUGCUGCAGCCGUCAUUCCAUGCACUGGUCGUCUUGCCGACAUCCUGGGACGAAAACCGGUCCUGCUCACCUGCGUGUUCUUCUUCUUCCUCGGUAGUGCAUUGGCGGGGUCAGCGCAGAACAUGAACUGGCUCAUUGGUGCAAGAGCCGUGCAGGGUAUCGGAGGCGGCGGUAUCAUCAAUCUUGCGCUCAUUGUCGUCUCCGACCUUGUGCCUCUCGCCGAACGCGGGAUAUACCAAGGUUUCCUGAUCAUGACAUGGGCACUCGCCGCGGCAAUCGGUCCCAUCAUCGGCGGUUCUCUGGCGGAGAAGGCGUCAUGGCGAUGGCUAUUCUACCUGAAUCUUCCACUAGCCGGCAUCGCAUUCUUCUUGGUCGCGCUGUUCCUCCGCGUUCGUACGCCUACUGGCAGUCUACGCCACAAACUUGCUCGCAUUGACUGGCUGGGCAAUGCUUUGAUUAUCGCGGGCACGACCCUCGUACUCAUUGCCGUGACCUGGGGUGGCAUUCGCUUCCCGUGGGACUCUGCGCACGUCCUUGGUCCACUCAUCACUGGCGCGGUAUUGCUUCUCAUCUUCCUUGUAUAUGAGCGGACGGUGCCCUCCGAGCCCACGUUCCCACUCGACGUUCUCGCUAACCGGACAAGUCUUGCUGGCUACGUAGCAACCUUCUUCCACGGAAUUGUCAGCAUAUCUAUCAUAUACUACCUCCCGGUGUACUUCCAAGCAUGCAAGAUCGAUUCGCCCAUACGCUCGAGCGUGCACGCGCUCGCCACCACACUUAUCGCCUCGCCCUUCUCGAUCAUCUGCGGUGUACUCGUGAAAGGCUCGAACAAAUACCGUCCAGCGAACUACAUCGGCUGGGCGCUCACCCUCAUCGGUGUUGGCCUCCUUACGAUGCUGAAGGCGGAUGCGUCGACAGGCCAGUGGGUCGGCUUCCAGAUCCUCGCUGCGGCUGGGUUCGGUAUGAUCUGGGCAAGUACAGUGUUCCCUAUUCUUGCGCCAGUCCCUGUCACCCGAGUCGCGCCAGCACUCGCCUGCUACAACUUCUGCAGGACGUUCGCCCAGACGUGGGGCAUCGCCAUCUCCGCCACGAUCCUCCAAAACGAGCUCAAGAACCGGCUGCCGCCCGCCUUCGUCGCGCAGUUCCCCGAGGGCAUUGAGAUCGCGUACGCCGCGAUCCCGCUCAUCCCCACGCUCGAGCCUGGUCUGCGCGCGGAAGUGCAGGCCGCGUUCGCCGCGAGCAUGUCUAAGGUGUGGUUCGCGACGCUCGGGUUCGCCGCCGCGGGCGCUGCGACGGUGUUCCUCCUCAGCGAGGUCCCGAUGCAGAAGUACACGGACGACGCGUACGCGCUCGAGGAGAAGCCGGGGAGGCGCGGGGAGGUCGAGAUGGGCCUUGGGAAGGGCGUGGACCGCGACUCGGAGGAGCGCGUCGCGAUGAAGGGCGUGGACUCGGUAGGCCCGACGGAGGAUAUAUAAUGGGGUGACCUGAGGUCAAGGUGUCUUAUCUUUUUCUGUGUAUAUCAUAUCUCGAAGCGUUGCAAUUUCCUCACCAGUAGUACUAGCCAUAUAGCAUCAAAACUGUCGAAUUGAAGCUCGUCUCGUCGUUC